CUGUGCAUACUGGUUUCAUUCCUUUUUUUUUUUUUUUUUAAAUAUCAAUUAUCAGUUUCUUCCACAGGUGGCUUCAUUCCUUUUACUGCAAAUAUGUUUCUUCACAUGGUGACAUCUGGUUCCUGGCAGCACAGGGGUAUCGACUAGAACCUUGACCCAAUCUAGCAUUUGAGAGGAUGAGAAAGAAAGAGAAAGAGAAGAGGAGAGAGAACAGGAGUCUUACUCUAUUGCCCAGGCUGGAAUGCAAUCUAGAAAUAGUAAGAAGACAUGGUGGAUAUCAAGAAGAGCUGUAGAGUUUGCAUAUAUCAACUGUGGCCUUAAUAAGCAUGUUGCCAGCAUCGAUGCUAGACAGACAGUCUUUUUACUGCUGGAUUGUGCAAGAUAUUUAACCCUGUUUUGUUUGAAUUAUGACUUAAAUAUCAAACAUCUUAACUAAGAAAAGGGAAACAUUUUAGUUUUGGAAGUCAGAAUGCCAAGGAGAAGGAAAAAUCUUGGGGGAAAUCCUUUUCGGAAGACUGCAAACCCUAAGGAAGUUGUAUCCAGUGUUGCUAGUCGUGAGGAGCCAACCACUACUCUUCCUUCCAUGGGUGAGACAAAAGUUGAUCAGGAAGAACUCUUCACCAGUAUCUCAGAGAUAUUUUCUGAUCUGGAUCCUGAUGUAGUGUAUUUGAUGCUUUCUGAAUGUGAUUUCAAAGUUGAAAAUGCUAUGGAUUGUCUAUUAGAAUUAUCUGCCACUGAUACCAAGACAGAAGAAUCAUCUUUACAAAGUUUCGUUGCUUCUGAGAACCAAGCAGGGGCAGCAGAAAGUGAAAUAAUGGAAAAACGUCCUGAAGAAGAGAGUGAAGAUUCAAAAAUGGAUUCAUUUUUGGACAUGCAGCUAACUGAAGACCUGGAUUCCUUAAUACAGAAUGCUUUUGAGAAAUUGAACUCUCCUGAUGACCAAGUAUACUCACUUUUGCCUUCUCAAGAUGUUAAUAGUUUUAAUCACCUGAGUGAGUUUGUAAAUUCUGAUUCCGGUAAUAUGACUCCUAUUUUUUCUACACAAAAUAUGAAUUUAAACAGUAAAAAUUUAGAGAAUUCUGCCUCUACAUUAAGUUUAAAUCCAUUACCUUCACAUUCAGUUUUGAAUGAGUCCAGAUGUUUUAUAAAGGAUAACACAUUGGCUUUGGAAGGUAACCACCCAGAAGAUUCUCUUCUUAGUAGUUCUUUAAAUGUAACAAGUGACUCCAUCAUGAACAGUAGCAGUCUCAAUCAAAAACAAAAAGAACUUUUAGACUCUGAGUGUGUUGAGGCUCUGUUCUCUCGAGCCCCUGUAGAUUUGGAUGCCAGUGAACCUCAGGCUUCUCUAAACCCCCCAGGGCUUGAUUUACCAGGUAUGGGUGGGGAUCAGAAAUCUACUCCAGUCUCUGAUAUGUUUCUACCUUCCGAAGGGUUCAACUUCAAGCCACACAAACAUCCUGAACUGCCAACUAAGGGGAAAGAUGUAAGUUACUGCCCAGUACUUGCUCCUCUCCCCUUAUUGUUGCCUCCUCCUCCACCUCCACCGAUGUGGAAUCCAAUGAUUCCUGCGUUUGACCUCUUCCAAGGAAACCAUGGCUUUGUAGCUCCUGUUGUAACCACAGCUGCACAUUGGAGAUCUGUCAACUAUACGUUUCCACCCUCAGUUAUUUCUCACACUUCCCCAACAAAAGUAUGGAGAAAUAAAGAUGGAACAAGCCCUUAUCAAGUACAAGAAACCCCAGUUUCUCAGGUUGUAAGAAAGAAGACAUCUUAUGUUGGACUAGUUCUUGUUCUUCUCAGAGGGCUUCCGGGAUCUGGAAAAUCUUUUUUGGCAAGGACUUUGCAAGAGGAUAAUCCAAGUGGAGUCAUUCUUAGUACUGAUGAUUAUUUUUAUAUAAAUGGACAGUACCAGUUUGAUAUAAAGUACUUAGGAGAAGCACAUGAAUGGAACCAGAAUCGUGCAAAAGAAGCAUUUGAGAAGAAGCUAUCUCCUAUAAUUAUAGAUAAUACAAACCUACAGGCUUGGGAAAUGAAACCAUAUGUUGCUUUGUCUCAGAAACAUAAAUAUAAAGUCCUUUUUCGGGAACCAGACACAUGGUGGAAGUUUAAACCAAAGGAACUUGCAAGGCGUAACAUUCAUGGGGUGAGCAAAGAAAAAAUAUCAAGAAUGUUGGAACAUUAUCAACGUUUUGUUUCAGUGCCAAUAAUUAUGAGUUCUUCGGUUCCAGAGAAAAUAGAACGCAUUGAGUUGUGCGCAUAUUCUUGUGAGGACAGAAGUACUAGCCCAAGAGACAAAGAAGAUAUUAUCAAUGAAAAAGAAGAAAAUGUUUUAUCUUCGUCUUCGAAGCACCUAGAAUUAAUUGAAGAGAAGAAUCUUGAUGUAACCAAAGAAACAAUGUUACCUGAGAAUGUUACAUAUCUCUCUAAUGCAGAUUUAAACAAAAGAAGAAAAGAAAUAAGUGAUAUGAAUCCUAGCAUUCAAAGUGCUUUAAUUCUGGAAACUCCACACAUGUGUUUUUCUGACUCUGAAAGCAAACUACAAGCAACAGACAUAAGUGAAGAAGACCAAAUAGAAAUGAUGGCUGUAAAACAGUAUAGUAAAACCAUCGCAGAUAGUUCUGUAGAGAGAGUAUCACCUAGUAUUUGGUGUGGUGAAAAUAAUCAAGAAGACUGUGAUUUUGCAAAUACUGGACCUCUUCACAAUGAAAAAUCCUUACCCUGCGAAAUAGUGGAAGAAAGAGCAACAGUAAAGAAAAAAGCCUGUGGGAAACAAAAAAGCAAAUCAGCUUUGGAAAAGUUCCCAAGACAUGAGCUAUCAAAUUUUGUUGGUGACUGGCCAGUUGAUAAGACUAUUGGUCAGAGGACAAAAAGGAACAGAAAAAUGGAAAAAGCUUCAUCUGUGCAAAGUGACAAAAAGUAUAAUUACCUUCAGUCACGUAAAGUAUUAGAUAACAGUGUAUCUGUGAAUAUAGAUGGUGUUCAGCAACGAGGAUCUCCACAUGAAAGUGUAGAGGAUGGCAGAAAGUCACGAUGUGAUGAUGCUUCAGAGCCACCCAAUAGCUAUAAAUAUGAUGCUUAUAAAAGUAAUGAAAAAAACUCAUUCAGCGUGGGUGACUGGCCUUCAUCUGAUUCUUUAGCUCAGAGGGAACACAGAUCAAGAAUGCCAAAGACUGGUUUAAGUGAGCCCAACCUAGAAAUUGGAACAAAUGACAAAAUGAACAAAAUAUCCUUAUAUACAGCACAUGAGGCCUGUUGGGGCAUAAGCCCUCAAAAACUAAAGACGUUGGGUAGCUCUAAUCUAGGAAGUUCUGAAAUGCUACCCAGUGAAAUGACCUGUGAGAGUCAGACUUGUCUAAGUAAAAUGAGUCAUGGGGAACACACAUCAUUGCCUCUUACUUUUACCAAUAGUGCACCAGCUGUUUCUGGAGUAGUAGAACCACAAACGUUAGCUGAAUUUCAAGAGGGAAUGCCUAAGAGUGACGCUGGGAAAGAAGUAGGCAUGUGUACCCAGACUGAACCACAGGAUUUUGCUCUUUUAUGGAAAAUAGAAAAGAAUAAAAUCAGCAUUUCAGAUUCUAUCAAAGUAUUAACAGGAAGAUUAGAUGGAUUUAAGCCAAAAGCUUUCAAUAUUAACACAAAAUCAGACGUUCAAGUAGCAAUUCCAUAUAGAGUAAUGUAUGAUAAAAGCACAUUUGUUGAAGAAAGUGAGCUUACCAGUGCAGAUGAAUCUGAAAAUCUUAACAUUCUUUGUAAACUAUUUGGAUCCUUUUCAUUAGAAGCCCUGAAAGACUUAUAUGAGAGGUGUAAUAAAGAUAUUAUUUGGGCCACAAGCCUUUUGUUGGAUUCUGAAACUAAAUUAUGUGAGGAUACAGAAUUUGAGAAUUUCCAAAAAUCGUUUGAUGGAUCACAAAUUGGGCCUUUUUCUCUGGGGUUGAAUUUGAAAGAAGUUAUUAGCCAAAGAGGAACUUUAGAGAAUUUUAAUUCUCCUAUGCUAGAGUUUUGCCAUGGGACUGGUAUUAGUAAUGCUAACUUACAGUCUACUUGUGAUACAGAAAGAAGAAACUCAGAGAAAGCAGAAAUGAGAGCUGUUACUCCUGAAAACCCUGAAUCAAUGAAAAGUAUUUUUCCCUGUGCUGCUAUGGGUCUAAAGAAUAAUAAUGACAUACUUCCUAACAGCCAGGCAGAACUUUUAUAUAGCAGUAAGCAGUCCUUUCCAGGUAUUCUAAAAGCUGCUACCCCUAGAGAGAUGAGUGAAGCAGAGAAAAACCUAAUAGUCACAGAGAUUGGCGACAACAAACAUUCUCAUUCAGAUUUCUCUGAUAUUUUUAACUUUGCAUCUAGUACUUCAAAUCUUGAAUUAAAUGAAGAAAUUUAUUUUGCUGACUCUCUUGAAAUAAAGAGAAAUGAAAAUCUUCUAAAGGAUUAUGUGAAAUUUUUAGACACAGAAGAAUUUAUGAAUGAAGAUGAGCAGGAAAUGGAGGAAAUUCUAAUGGCAGGAAGUGGUUUAUCAACUGGAGUUAGUGAGGAAGAUAAAGCUGAGAUAUUGAAUCCCACUGCAGUGAUGGCCAGAUCUCUGACCAUAGACUGUCUGGAAUUGGCAUUACCCCCGGAACUGGCUUUUCAACUUAAUGAAUUAUUCGGUCCUGUUGGUAUUGAUUCAGGAUCUCUAACAGUUGAAGAUUGUGUGGUUCAUAUAGAUCUGAACCUGGCCAAAGUGAUUCAUGAGAAAUGGAAAGAGUCUGUAAUGGAACGACAAAGACAAGAAGAGGUGUCUUGUGGCAAGCUUAUGCAAGAUUCUUCUUUGGUUGGACAUACUGGUCUUGAUAAUCCUGAACAAAAAUCAUCUCAGAGAACAGGCAAAAAGUUACUGAAGACUUUAGCAGCACCUGAAAUGCUGUCUUUUUUGGAUCAUUGGAAUAUUCAAACUAAAAAAGUGUCACUCAGAGAAAUAAUGUCAGAAGAAAUUGCCUUACAGGAAAAACAUAAUUUGAAAAGGGAGAGACUUAUGUUUGAAAAAGAUUGUGCCACUAAACUAAAGGAGAAGCAGCUCUUUGAAAUAUUUCCAGGCAUUAACCAAAAUUUUCUGGUGGACAUUUUCAAGGACCACAACUAUUCAUUAGAACACACAGUGCAAUUUCUAAACUGUGUUUUUGAAGGGGACCCUGUAAAAACAGUUGUAGCUCAAGAGUUUGUUCACCAAAAUGAGAAUGUCACAUCUCAUACUGGCCAGAAUUCUAAAGAGAAAAAGCCAAAGAAAUUAAAAGAGAAUGAAGAAACACCAAGCGAACUGUCUUUCCAAGACUUUGAGUACCCAGACUAUGAUGACUACAGGGCAGAGGCUUUCCUUCACCAGCAGAAGAGGAUGGAGUGUUACAGCAAGGCCAAAGAAGCUUAUCGGAUAGGGAAAAAACAUGUCGCCACCUUUUAUGCCCAGCAGGGUACUCUUCAUGAACUGAAGAUGAAAGAAGCCAAUCACCUUGCUGCUGUGGAGAUCUUUGAGAAAGUCAAUGCCUCACUGCUGCCACAGAAUGUUUUAGACCUCCAUGGGCUGCAUGUGGAGGAAGCUCUAGAUCAUUUGAUGAAAGUUUUAGAGAAGAAGACUGAAGAAUUUAAACAGAAUGGUGGGAAGCCCUAUUUGUCUGUGAUUACGGGGAGAGGAAACCACAGUCAGGGAGGAGUUGCUCGCAUCAAACCAGCUGUCAUUAAACACCUCAUAAGCCAUAGCUUCAGGUUCUCUGAAAUUAAACCAGGGUGCUUGAAAGUCAUGCUAAAGUAAAAUAAACGUCCUUGAAUUAGAAGUAUAAAGGUUUGUAGGUUAAAAUUACUUUUAUUUGCAGUAAUUUAGUCAAUUCUACCCUAAACAUGUGUUUUAUUAUAAAUAAUAUUCGGGUAUGAAACAAAAAAAUUACUAUGUUUUUCAAAAUCCAAGAGAGGUGUUUUUUUUCUUAUCAAAUGAAUCAAAUGCAAAUAUAUUGCCUGUUAAAACUAUUACAGAGAAAUUUUGAUUACAAAAUGUCUAAGAUAAUUAUCAGCUAUAGUUUUAAAGUUUAAAGUGCCCUAUUAUUUCUCAGAAAAGGUUAUCUUUGUAUUAAUUGUUGUGUGACAUUGAGUAAUGUCCUAAAAGUCUUUUGUGAGAAGUAUUUAAAGUGCUUUGAGACCUGUCAUGCCCUCAAAGUCUGGUAUUAAAAGAAGAAAAAGAACAUAGUAGUGGGCAGUAAAGAAAAAAAGGAGAUCUAACAAAAACACUUGAAUAUUUUUUAAUUUCAAAACUAAACACGUAAAAUGCUUUUAUUUUGCCAUAUCGUACAGGAAGGAAAACAUGUUAUUGCACUUUCUUCUGCUUUGUAUAUGAUCUUGAUCUUUUACCUUUUGUUCUGUUCUUCUGUGUGCAUUUUAUGGGAAGAAAGUUGGGUCUGAGAUUAUUUUGCCAUUUUAUACUUUAUAUAAACAGAAAAGUUUUCAGAGACAAAGAAAUGGUUAAAUAUCUUACAGAUGUUGCUGCCUUAUCAAAAUGCUUCUAGAACUGUCUAUAUAAGUGGUAUUUCAGACAGUACUAAAUACUUAUAUUUUGUUUUUGAGGCAUGUAAUUUUUAAACUGCAGUAGGUUAAAAUUAUAUUAACUUUAAAAAAUGUAGAAAAUAUUUUGGUUAUAAUUGUCCAGGUGCAGUGGCUCAUGCCUGUAAUCUCAUCACUUUCAGAGGCCAGGGUGGGUGGAUCACCUGAGGUCAGUAGUUCAAGACCAGCCUGGCCAAUGUGGUGAAACCCCAUCUCUACUAAAAAUACAAAAAUUAGUAGGGUGUGGUGGCGUGCACAUGUAAUCCCAGCUAUUUGGGAGGCUGAGUCAGGAGAAUUGCUUGAACCUGGGAGGCAGAGGUUGCAGUGCCUCAAGAUUGAGAUUGCACCAUUGCACUCCAGCCUGGGUGACAGAGCAAGACUCGGUCUCCAAAAAAAAAAAGAAAAGAAAAAAAUCAUAAAAGGAAGCCUUACAAUUUAAAAUAUUUUCACUUUUAUUUCAAAAAAGAGCCAACUUUCUCAAAGGAAGUUUUCAUUAACUUAUGUUGUUUGGUUAGCUAAUAAAUUGUUAGUAUGCAAGUCAAACCUGUGUAAAGGAGGUUAUAAUGUGGUGAAGUAUAAUUUUCGAAUAUGAGACAAUGGCUUAAAUUUGUCUUUGGAAAUGAAGAAAAUUUUUAACAUAUUUAAGUUUAACAAACAGUUGUUAAGCUUAAAGAUUUUGGAUCAGGAAUUAUAGGAUUGAGCUUGUACCAAAAGAAUCCUAAAGUACCAGAAUGGUUUUCCAAAAGAGCAAUCAUGUCUAUGAAAAUAAAACCCCAAAACAUUUUUAAAUAUAUCAUGAUUGCAUUAUCAUUGAAUUUUAGUUCCAUACAAAUAAAAAUGCAUGUUAUUAUUUAGAAUAAAUAAUAAAUACUGGUUGGUGACUGGUAUUGAAGUAUUACACCUAUGUUUAUAAUAAUUUGUUUAAUACCAACAGUUUAGCACACUUUUAUAAUAUCUAGAACAGUUCUAUAUGUUAAAAAUAAAGCAGUUCCUUUUGAUAACUUACUGUAAACUAUAAUUGUUAAUGAAAUGAGAUAUUUCUAUGUAUAAAUUAAUGUAAGAGUAUGAAAAACAAUGCUAAAAUGUGGAGUUAUUGGAAUGUGUGCAACUGCAUACUCACUUUCUGUAUUUUUAUAUUUCCUUACCUGGUUUUAAAAAGCAUAACUUUUGGGCACUUCAGCUAGACUUAUUUCAAUAUUAUACUUAUGAUUAAUGAAGGAGCAGUCAGAAGUAGAGGCGUGGUACUCUGUGGGCAGAAACCAAAUGUAAAAAGCUACGUUGUUUACUAUAUUGAUGUUAAUAUGCCUUAUUUUGGUAAAUCUUAUAUCUUAAGCCUUGUUGAUAAAUAUACAGGCAAAGUUUGAGCAUCAUAUGUAUUUUUAUGAAGCUGCUUAAUUCUAACUUGCCUUCCACCCCACUAUCUAGCAUAGUUUAAGCAACACAUAAUUAUGAAAUAAAAGUUUAUAAUCCCUCCUUUCUUUUUUUUGACCGUUUCUAAAUCCUGUGUGCUCGAGGUAAAGAUAGUUUGGCGAUUAUAAAAGUUUUCUCUGUUACCCAUUUCUAAAUCCUAUAUGUCAAAGAUAGUUUGGAUAUUAUAAAAAUUUUCAUGUAUUGGUGCAGGUUGAGUAUCCCUAAUGAGAAAAUUCAAAAUCUGAAAUGCUUCAAAAUCUGAAGCUUUUGAGCACAGACAUGAUGCUCAAGGGAAAUACUCAUGGAGCCUUUUGGAUUUUACAUUUGUAGGUUAGCGAUGCUCAAUAAGUAAAUAUGAUGCACAUGUUCUGAAAUCUCCCCACAAAUCCCAGCAAUCCAAACACUUCUGCUCCUAAGCAUUUUAAGUAGGAGAUACUCACUCAGCCUGUAUAUUUGUGCCAAUACAUGACUCAUUAGCAUGGUUCUUUGUAAACUUAGUAUUUUAAAAGUACAGCACUUCUGUAGUUUGGAAGAUUUCAGUAAUGAUUAUAUUCAUUCAGUAGUCUCUUACCAUUAUCUGCCAGAUGGAAAAAGAGAACUAAUAUGGAAACCCCAGAGGGUGUCCAGUUGGACCAGGGAGACACUUGAUGCUAAACAGUGUUUUCAGUCUGUCCAUCUCUUAUUCCAAUGUCAGAAAUAGAAAUCUUUUUUUUUUUUUUCAUAUUUUGGCUCUUCGUAUUUCUCUACAUUAUUUUUAAGUUGCAGUUUCUUCAGUUUGUUAGUAUUUCCAUACUAUUUGCAAUUCUAUGGUUUUUAAAUAUAAGAUAUAUUAUAUAGUAGAAAAUUUGACUUUAAAGCAUCUCGAGUAUUGUAUUCUGAGAAGAAAAGCUAUACUGCUCUUCUGGAUGGUUUCCAUACUUUAUUUUGGUCUUUUUCUUUUUGAAUAAAAGGGUUUUGUAUGCUUAGAAAGUGGACAUGUGUAAUAGCGAGAUUGAUUAUUUCUGAGCUGAAAAUUGGAAACUUUUGAAACUCAGGAAAUUGCUCUGACAAUGUUUUAACUGCUCUCAAUUUAAGAAAAUGACUAUAUGUAUAAAAAAGACAAAAAUAACGUGCUGUUUUUUCCAAGUGCUUUUCCAUUGUGCAAUGAGGUAAAGUUUGGUAAUUUUUCAGUGUAGUAGUUAAAUAUUGCUUAUUUUUAUUUACAUGUAAAGAAAACAGAUUUAAAUGUUUAUGUGGCCAAAAAAGUGUCAUUUAAAAGGUAAAGUAAGUUUAUGUAGAAUGUAUGUUAACGGUGCUUAUUUUUAAAAUGUAAUUCAAGUUUACAGUGUUACUUAAUGCUUCUUUACAGAAUUUAAUAGAGAAACAAGGCUAGAACACAUCUACACCCUGAAGAGCCUUUUAUAACUUCCUAUUAUAUGAUGACAAAGUUCAUUAUUUUCCUUAAAGUCGAGCAGUUGACUUUUAUGGUCAAAUGAUGAACUUACUAUUAAUAAAUGAAUUAACUGUGAGACUUCUCAUUAAAAUACAAUAUUGUAGCUAUCAGAGAAUAUAUUAUAAAAUUUUCAGGCAGUAUAUCAGAAAAAAAUGUUUUAUUUGUACUGUGAAGAAACUGAUUUUGCUGUUAACUCUGUACUUUUUAAAUUGAAAAUGUUUUAUAACUUUGCUUUUAAAAUUUCUUAUGAAGCCAUUUGCAAAUUACAUGCUUAAUUUAAUAAAGUACUUUAGCCACAGUCCAGUGUGAGGAAAUCCUUCAUUUGGUGUAUUAGGGUUAGUGGUUUAAAUAUUUUUAUGUGUAACUUUGUAAUUUCAGGGUAAAGUGCCAUAAAAAUUUUAUUUCUAUACCACAACUUUUCUUCUAGUUUAUUUUCUGUAGCACUUUUGAACCUGAUGAAUGGAUUGGCUAUGGCUUGUCUCUUCACAUCCUGUAUCUUUUGACCAACAUAGAAAUUAAGAAUUAUAUCUCUUAGCGACCAGGUGUGGUAGCUCAUGCUUGUAAUCCCAGCACUUUGGGAGGCUGAGACAGGCAGGUUGCUUGAGGUCAGGAGUUUAAGACCAGCCUGGCCAACAUGGUGAAACUCUCUCUCUACAAAAAAUACAAAAAAAUUGGCCAGGCUGGUGGCUCACACCUGUUAUCCCAGCUUUUUGGGAGGUUGAGGCACAAGAAUUGCUUGAGCCUGGGAGGUGGAGGUUACAAUGAGCCAAGAUUGUGCCACUGAACUCCAGCCUGGGCAACAGAGCAAAACUCCUUCUCAAGAAAGAAAAACAAAAAAAAAGGCUCGGGGUGGUGGCUCACGCUUGUAAUCCCAGCACUUUGGGAUCCACCCACCUGAGGGCAAGAGUUUAAGACCAGCCUGACUAACAUGGAGAAACCCUAUCUCUAAUGAAAAUAAGGAAUUAGCUGGGUGUGGUAGUGCAUGCUGUAAUCCGAGCUACUCAGGAGGCGGAGGUUUCAGUGAGCUGAGAUCGCGCCAUUGCACUCCAGCCUGAGCAAAAAGAGCAAAACUACAUCUCAAAAAAAAAAAUCUCUUAGAGACUCAAGUAAUGCUUUAAAUACUAUUAAUGACCUUUGGACUUUAUAUUUGAGUCCAAAGCAGAAUAAUUCACUCAUUUCACAAGGACUUAAACAUAUUUAUCCAACAAACAUUUAGAGCACUUGUUAUUGGGGUUACAGUGUAAAUGUGAUAGAGCUUUUAUCCAGGGUUAUAAUUAUUCUUAUCAACUGCUAUGUGUAUAGUGACUUAUACUAUGAUACUUUUGUAUAUGUUAUAUUUUAAAUCUCAAGAGAAUUUUAUUACAUAGGUAGUGCUAUCUCAAUUUAAUGAAUAAAGCCACAUAGAGAAGUUAACUGGUUUGCUGUUUAGUGUCAAAAGUAUAACUUGAACCUAGCUUCUCUGACUCCCAAUGUAGAGCAGCUGCAUUUGUGCUAAGAAAGAAUAGUUACUUAUAAAGAGAUAAUAUUCCACUGUCCUCUCCAGAGAAUUGUGGCUCAACAGUAUGUUUUUUUGAAAACCUGACAUCUAUGAAUCUGCUUUCUUUCUUUAUAUGAAAGCUGGUACUUUGGAAAAAUCCAAAUUACUAGUGGCCAAAGGUAAAAAGUUUAUUUUUUUCUUCCUAUAAAAUCCCAGAGAUAUAAACUCCAGGACUGUGGGAAUCUUCUUUUUCAUGAAGCUUUUGGGAUUCUAGAAAAGUUCACCAUUCUGCCACAUCCAAGAUAAUGGCCUUCAUUUUCCUAGGCCAGGGUGGCUGGCUGCAUCUCUAACUCUCAAAUCUAUAUUCUACUGGAGGAAAAACAAAGAAAAAGGGAGCAAAAGGCAAAUGCCAGUGGUCGUAAAGAUGAUAUUUGGAGGCUGCCAUAGAAUACUUCUACUUACAGCCUAUUGGCCAGAAGCUAUUCAUGUCAUGUCUAGCUGCAAGGGAGGCUGGGAAAUUAUCUUUUUCAGACUGCCAUGUUCUGUUGCAAUUUGAUAUUCUUUUGGAGGAAAGAGAAUGGAUAUUAGAAGAAUGAAUAGCUGUCUCUGCCACAUCAUUUUUUUAAUCAUUAUAUGCAAAUAAUGUGAAAAUCAGUUCUUGAUACAUUCCUUCAACAGAUCUUUGUUGAUGACUUCUGAGUGUUAGGAAUCAAAGAAAGAAAACCACAGUUUUUUGUUUUUUGUUUUUUGUUUUUUUUGGAGAUGGAUUUUCACUCUGUCACCCAGGCUGGAGUACAGUGGUACAGUCUCCUGUGUAGCUGUGAUUGCAGGCACCCACUACCAUGCCCAGCUCAUUUUUGUAUUUUUAGUAGAGAUGGGGUUUCACCAUGUUGGCCAGGCUAGUCUUGAACUUCUGACCUUAGAUGAUCCACCUGCCUUGGCCUCCCAAAGUGCUGUGAUUAGAGGUGUGAACAACUGCGCCUGGCUUGGGAAUUUUAUGCGGGGAGGUUUGCUCUAUAUGAUCCUGUUCUAGCCUCAAAUAGAAAAGAACUAAAUGACAUGGACUAGCUUAAUAAGUGCUAAUGGUGGGAAGUACAUUGGUCCAAGCAUGUUUUUGGAUUGCUGCACCAGCCUGCCCUAUUUAAUAUAGGAUAUAGUACAGAUGUCCCCCACUUAGGAUGGUUUGACUUAGUUUUCAAUUUUAUGAUGGUGUGAAUGCCAUAUGCAUUUAGUAGAAACCAUCCUUCAAAGUUUCAAUGUUGAUUUUUAUUUUGUGCUAGUGAUGGGCUAGUGAUCUGCAGUGUGAUACUCUACUGUGAUGGGCAGUGGAAUCAGUCACGCUAACAUUAAUUUUUCUAAGCACAUUUAAGGUAGGCUAGGCUAAACUAUGAUGUUCCGUAUCUUAGGGGUAUUGGAUGCAUUUUCCACUUAUAAUAUUUUCAACUUAUAGUGAGUUUAUUACAUAAGUGACCCCAUUUUAAGUUCAGGAACAUCUUUAUUUCACACACAUUUCUUAGUUAGAAAAUUCAGACUGGGAGAGUUGGGGAAACAAAGAUUCUGAAUGAAAUUAUUAAACACACACUACUAAAAACACUGCAUAGUUGUUAGGAUAAAAGGGGCUGAGGUCAGAAAUCUAAGUGAAAAUAUUAGACGCACUUUUGCAAACGGUGCCUCUGCUCCUGACUCAUGUUGAGUUUCAGUUCUCAGUUUUGGGGUGGAGGGACAGAUGACAAAGGGCAGCAGACUUGAAGACACUCCAUAAAGCUAACACCCUACAGAGCUUUGUCCUCAGUGGGGAUGGGGAUGAAUAAAAUAAUUUCACCCUCCUUCCCACCCCCAGAAGGCCUGCAAGGAAUAUUGUCUUGGCAUGAGCAGAAGAGGUCAAAAAAUCAGUCAAUCCUGACAAGUUAAAAUCAUUACAGGCCCUAGCAGAAUAACAGCCCAAAUUCAUAACACCUAGAGUAGUUUCUAUAAAAAAAAAAAGUGGAGAAUUGAAUUGGUAGAGGUCCUGGUCAUUAGCUGCCUGGCAAACGCAAAUGCAAUUUUCUCAGGGAGAAUCCACCCUCAUCUUGGAGAAUUAGUUCAGAUCAAGGCUGCAGAUCCAACAACCCAUUUUGGGAUUACAGAGGAAAGAGGAAUACGUCAGACAUCACCAUUGGGAUACAGUUACCAGGAUAGACUGGGAAACUGACAACACAGUUUCUUUAAGUUUCAGAUAAAAUAAAACCACACAGGUGGAGGGAGAACUUACGCAUUGAGACAUAAAAAGCAUAUACCAGUUGCAAUCUGUAGACCUUUUUUAGGUACUAGUUGACAGUCAGACAACAGUUGGCAAUGUGAACAUUGACUCGAUAAUUAAAGAACAAUUGUUUUUUAGGGAUGAUGUGGCUGUGUUUUUAAAAGGAUCUCUUUUUAAAAAAGAGAGAUGUGCUAAAAUACAUAUUUUAAAUUAUACGAUGUCAGUGAUUUACUUCAAAAUAAAAUGGAGGAAAUGGGUGUGGGGUACUUAGGAAACAAGAUUGUCCAUAAGUUUGUAAUUGGGAAAGAUGGGUGUUUAUUAUAGUAGAAUGUCUACUUUUGAAUAUAUGCAAAGCUCUGUAAAAAAGCAUUUUUAGGCCGGAUGCGGUGGAUCACGCCUGUAAUCCCAGCACUUUGGGAGGCUGAGGCAGGUGGAUCACAGGGUCAGGAGUUCAAGGCCAGCCUGGCCAAGAUGGUGGAACUCUGUCUCUACUAAAAAAACAAAAAUUAGCCAGGCGUGGUGGUGAGUGCCUGUAAUCCCAGCUACUCAGGAAGCUGUGGCAGGAGAAUCGUUUGAACCCAGAAGAUAGAGGUUGCCAUGAGCUGAGAUUGUAUUCUAGCCUGGGUGACACAGCAAGACUCCAUCUCGAAAAGAAAAAAGCAUUUUUAAAAAUUUGGUGGAAGAGCUGGAGAAGUGGAUUCUAGAUCUGGCUUUGGGGAUGAAUUCCAGAAUGCUGCAGAAUUAACCUGCAUAGUAGCUUCUACCUCUGCUGUAAUUUAAAGGUCAUCAAUCAGGAGGCCACCAUGGCACUAUUGCCACAACUAUCUCUUAGCAUUUUCAGAGCUGGUAACUACGCACCAGAAAAGUGUUGUAGAAAACCUGACAUCUCCACCAUUUGCCUUUUAAGCAGAAUGAGUUAUACCAGUGGGUAGAUGGCCUCUACCUUACUUUUGCCUUCCAAAUCUCAUUGGACUGUAUCUAAUUGGUAGAAACUAAUGUAUUCUAACAUAUAUAGAAUUUUACUUUUAAGAAAGAUCUGGGAAAUGUUGUUUUACACUUUACAGAAAGGCUUAUUAGAAGUAGAGCUGGGGCUGGGUGUGAUGGCUCACACGUAUAUUCCAACACUUUGGGAGGCCAAGGCAGCCAGAUCACUUGAGGUCAGGAGUUUGAGACCAGCUUGGCCAACAUGGUGAAACGCUGUCUCUACUAAAAAUACAAAAAUUAGCAGGUGUGGUGGCACCUGCCUGUAAUCCUAGCUACUCAAGAGGCUGAGGCAGAAGAAUUGCUUGAACCCGGGAGUCAGAGGUGGUGGUUAGCUGAGAUCACACCACUGCACUCCAGCCUGGGUGUCAGAGAGAGAGACUCCAUCUCAAAGGAGAAGAAACAGAGCUGAAGGAUUAAGAUCAAAUGUUCAUAUUUGCUACACUGAUGGUACUUGUCAAACCAGGUAUAGAAAUAAAAUGGCUUGACAUUAGUCUCAAAAGCAUUGCAUGUCAACUGAGGUAUUUAGAGAUCUGCCAGGGAGUACCCAAGUCCAAGAUAAACUUAGGAUAUAUUUGAGGAGCAUUGGUUUUACUCAAUGGCAAGUAAUAUACAUUAUUAUUUAAUGUAGCUUAUUGGUGUAUAUAUUAGGGUUCUCCAGAAUAAAUAAGAGAUAGAUAGGGGAUUUAUUAGGAGAAUUGGUUCCUGCAAUUACGGAGGCUGAGAAGUUCCACUCCAGGCCGCCUGCAAGCUGGAGAACCAGAGAAGCCAGUAGCAUGGCCCAGUACAAGUCUGAAGGCCUCAGAGCCAGGGAAGCUGAUGCUUUCUCUCAGUCCAAGUCUAAAGUUCUCAAAAUCCAGGGGAGAGGACCCCAUGUAGGUCUCUCCAAAGGCUGCUUGAGUGUCCUUAAAACAAGGUGGCUGAAUAGGUAAUCCAUGUGAGCAAAACAGAAACAACAAUACCUUUUUUGACUUACUAUUAGAAGUUUUUUGCAGUUAUCUGCCAGAUUCUAUUUGUUAGAACCAAGCCACUAAAUUCAGCUAACUUUGAAGCAUAGUAGAAUUAGCUCUACCUUUUAAAAGAUACAAUGUCAAAGAAUUUGUUUAUGUAUUUGGAAGCCGUUAUGUCUACUGUGUACUAGGCACCACUAGGUACUUUGCAAAUGAACCCAGUAUAGUCAUAGCCACCCACUGGGGUAGGUAUUACUGUCCACCUGGCAGACAUUGGUAUCCUACCCAACAGGUAUUCUUUCUGUCACAGCUCUUUUUGUUCAGUUAUCUGGUGGCAGUGUGCUCAGAGAAGAUCAACCCCUCUGUAGCUCCUGCAGGUGAAUUUUGAUUGGUGGAAAAGCCCAUCAUGGCAAUGUCAUUUCCUUUUGCCACUGACUAAAGGAUGGAUAUAUGAUCAUGCCAAUGAGAAUUCUGCUAGAAUGGUUCCAGGAAAAGUUUUCCUCACGAAUACAGAGAAACACAUAGGGAGAAACACACUCUUCUUCAGUGAGACUCUGUGUCUGUAUGUGAUGUCUGGAAUUGCAGUUGCCUUGUUGAAACCAUGAAGAGACAAACCUAAGGCCCAAGCCAAAGUGCUAAGGAUGGUGAGUGUAUGUGUAGAGAGGAAAAAUCCUCUGUUCUUGAUGACCUCAUUGAGUCCCUGAAUUAACCCUGGAACUGACCUUUAGUGACCUUGUUAUGGAAGACAACAAGCUACCUUUGGGUUUUGUGUUACAGCUGAAAGCAUCCUAAUGACUUGAUGUACCUCAUUUUACAGACUAGGAGACAUGUUCAGAGAGAUUAUAGAAUUUGCCAAAACUUUAUCAGCUAAUAAUAGCAGAGCCAAGUUUCAGACUGAGAUGUCUAUGUUCUAAGCACCUAGUACUUUCUUUAUCACGUAAGUGACUUUUCAUCAGCAAUUCUCAGGAAUCAGAGAGGAGAAACGGAGAUAUCAGUUGGUUUUAGCAGAGGUAGUGAUUGGCAGACAGGUAUGAGAAGGGGUCAGUUUGGGAAGGAAAGAGGACAAAAUUCAGGAUGCUAUGUAUGUAAGAUUGAAAAACUCGACUGUGAGAUACAGGCUGGUAAGGAGUCAAGUGGAAUCCAGAGGGGGCCAAUCAACUGGAAUAGUGGAGGUGAGUAGUGAAGGUAUAGUUGAGGUAAGAACAGAUUCAGAAAGUUUGAGGGGGAGGGAAAAGUGGAAGGAGGUUGUAGGAAGGGAGAGAGCUUCAGAGUUCAGGAUAUUUGGAUGUGGGUGUUUGUUUCUCACGGAGUUUGAUUUGUGGCUGAUGGAGACCAUGGAGAUGAUGGUCAUCAGAGUGGAGAAGGUCACAGAAUUGAUAGCAAAUUACUGGAUCAUCCACUUGGUGUACAUAUUAACUAUGAAAGUGAUAGGCAGUGCAGUAGAGAGGAAGAUUGAAAGCCAGUCAGCUGUAAGUCUGGGUGAAUUAAACAUGUUUUCUUUAUUUGCGUUGUCCCCAUUCUUCACACUGAUAGGAUCUGACUCAAUACAGCCCCACGUUGAAGAAAGAUUUAUAGAUUAUUCUGUUUUAAUCUGCUGCCUUGCCCAGACUGGAGAGACGAGAUGGAUAGGGUCACUGGGAGGGGCCGAAAGGAGAUGGCCGUGAGAAACGGAGUUUCGUAGGUCUUUCCGAAACAGUUUUCUGCAGCGGGAUCUCACUGUUUUGUUUGAAAUUGCUUGUUGCCCAUUUAUGUAAUCCACCUGAAUUUAUGAAAACCAACAAAAUAGGCUUACAAAUUACCCAUUAUUUCAGAUUAUUGCCGUUUCCCUAUUUUUAGAAACAAAGGCAACUCUGCUGAUCCCUUUGCUGAUACUCUGAAGACUGCUGAUCUCUUUGCUGAGUUGUAGAAUAAGAAGAGCUUACUGUCUUAAGCUCUGGGCUAUGAUUUUGUUUUCAUUGUUCUGUCCUUUCUUAAGUAAAAUUAAUUUUUUCUUUCAAAAAUAAUUUUUGGCAGUGGGUUACAUAGGAAUCUAUUUUUAAAGUACCGUAUGAAUUUUAUAUUACCUUCAUGGAAUCAUUAGUUAGAAUAUCUGAAUGUAGUUUCUCCCUUGUCCCUUAUAUUUCUUGGUUCCUGUCCUUAGAGUCCUGUUAAUAGUUUUAGGUCAUAUUUCUGUGAUUUUGUUAUAAGCUAACUCAAAUCUUUUUUUGGAAAUAGAUUAAAAAUCAAUCUGUACUUUUUCUUUUUGACUUGCUUUGUAACCCAGGCUGGAGUGCAGUGGUGCGAUCACAGCCCACUGCAACUUUUGUUCCUGGGCUCAGCCUCCCGAGUAGCUGGAACUACAGGUGCACGCCACCACUUCUGGCUAAUUUUUGUAUUUAUAGUAGAGAUGGGGUUCUGCCAUGUUGGCCAGGCUGGUCUUGAACUCCUGGCCUUAAGUGCUCCAUCUGCCUCAGUCUCCCAAAGUGCUGGGAUUAUGGGUGUGAGCCACCGCCUAUACUUUUAAGGGGAUAAAGAAGCAAGGUACAAAAGGGUACUCACAGUAUGAUCCAUUAGUGUGUUUUUUGAAAGGAUAUGUGUAGAUAGAUCCACUGAUAUACUACUAUACAUCUCUCUAUGUACAUAUAUGUGUGUGUAUAUGUAUGUAUAAAUGCAAACCCACACACAGAUUGAAUAGAAUAGAUUCUAGGCCCCUUAUGAUUCAGCUUCAGAGGAUUUCUGUUCAGAAGUCAGUAUUCCUCAAAGAACUUACAGGAAACAUUUGUGUUUUAUGUAGCACAAGUUGUAGUUGGUUUUCCCUACAUAUUCUGUCUCCCACUCUCAUAUUCCAUAUAUACCCCAAAGCCUCUGUCUCUUUAUUUCAUCCUCUCCUCCUUUUACCAAAACCCUCCCUGACAUUUCUACCACUGCUAGGCCUUACCUAUAUCCCCUCCCAUUUUCUUUCUGUUUUCUUCUGCCUGUAAUGAAUAAUUCUGCACCUGUUGGAUAUAAAUCUCUCAUCUCAGCUUCCUUGGUUCUUCUCAUAAAACACACCUCCCUCCCAUUUAUUUUAUCUACACACUAAGACCAUGGAAGGAGGAGAUAUAGCCAGUGGAAAGCAGUCAGUGCAAAUACUGGCUUUUUUUUUUUUCUAGGCAGGAGGAAGAAAGUUACGAAUACUCCCACAGUAAUAAGUUUUCCCCUUUUUCACAUAAAGAAUUUCUGAAGGAUUCUGUAAGUAACUAUGAACAGCAAGUUAUCUUGUGUGAUAGGCCUGUGGGGUCAGAGGUAAGAGACUGAGAUUUUGCCUUCAUUGUCUGAACAGUUUUUGUUUUAAAACUACAUAUAUUACUAUUAGAAAGCCAUUAAAAAAUACAGAUAAUUGGCUGGGUGCGGUGGCUCACAUCUAUAAUCCCAACACUUUGGGAGGCCAAGGCGGGCGGAUUGCCUGAGGUUGGGAGUUUGACACCAGCCUGACCAACAUGGAAAAACCCUGCCUCUACUAAAUAUACAAAAUUAGCUGGUAUGGUGGUGCACACCUGUAAUCCCAGCUACUCGGGAGGCUGAGGCAGGAGAAUUGCUUGAACCUGGGAGGCGGAGGUUGUGGUGAGCCAAGAUCGCACCAUUGUACUCCAGCCUGGGCAACAAGAGCGAAACUCCUUCCCCGCAAAAAAGAAGUGUGUGUGUGUGUGUGUGUGUGUGUGUGUGUGUGUGUCUAUUUAAUAGAUGUACUUUUUAAAAUUUUGUGGAUACUUAGUAGGUGUAUACAUUUAUGGAGUACAUGAGGUAUUUUUGAUACAGGCAUGCAAUGCAUAUAAUCACAUUAGGGUAGAUGGGAUAUCCAUCCCCUCAAGCAUUUAUCCUUUGUGUUACAAACAAUUCACUUAUUUAGUUAUUUGAAAAUGUACACUAAAUUAUUGUUGACUGUAAUCAUUCUUUUGUGCUAUUAAAUACUUGAUAUUAUUCAUUCUAACUAUACUUUUACAGUUUAAAACAUAGUGAAAAUGUUAUACUUGAUAUUAGAGUGAAUUAUUCAGUGUACAAAUUAUAUGUAUCUUAUUAUGUUUCUAUUUAGGCUGCCUUCUAGUACCAAAUGUUAUAGUCAGAUAAUUGAGUUGGUAUUUGUGAUGAUCUGAUAGUAUCAGGAAAAGCACUAUUCUGCCUUUUUAAACUCUUAAAUGGAUACAACUGCUGGAAGAAGGGAGGACAGAUCCAAGAGAUCUAAUUGGAGUUCCAGAGUGAAUACAAGAGAAAAGCCAGAUUUAAUAGAAGUAUAUUUCCUGAGCUGAAUAAAGCCUUAUAUUUGCAGGUUGAAAGUGUUCUUUAAAUUCCAGACAGGAUUGAUAAGAAAAGGCACAUAGCUAAACAUACUCUGACAGAAUUCCUGAGUCUCAAAGUUAAGGAGAAAAAUAUAUAAGGUUCCAGACAGAAAGAAGCUAUUUACAAUGGGAAAAGAAUUCGACUGGCAUCAGACAGUGGAAUCCUAUCUAUACCUGUUAAGAGAAAAGGAAAGUAACUGAAGAAGUCUCUUUCUAGCCAAGCAUCAUUCACCUGCCAGAGUGAAAGAGAUGCAGAAAGGAUUCCAAGAAUCUGUCAUCUGCAUAUCCCCAUCGGAAGAAAAUGAAAAGAGGACUAACUAAAUAACAAAUUAAUGAGAAUAGAGACUUCAAGAAAUGAGAAGGUAAAGUAGAAAGGGAAAAUGAUGAGUGAACAAUAAGCUUUGUAAUAUACAUUGGCGUGUAUAUUAAUAUACUUGGAUGAUGAUGAAAUCACUGGAAAUGUGUACUAUAUGUGUUAAAUAAAGACUCUUAAGAUAAA